AUGGCAUUGGACAUAAAAGAGCUCGCUAAAGAGUGGCUGGAGCUUGAUCAGGACAAAUCAACAAGAGACGAGAUUUACCAACUGUUACAUCAUGGCAACACAGCUGAGCUCGAGCUACGACUACGGAAUCGAAUCGCUUUCGGAACUGCUGGUCUUCGGGGUCCUAUGCAAGCUGGCUUUGCCUGCAUGAAUUCCCUCACCGUCAUCCAAGCAUCCCAAGGACUGGCAGCAUACCUCCUGAAGACCGAGGCGGAUGUUAAGAAACGAGGUGUGGUGAUCGGUCGCGAUGCACGGCACAACUCAGAGAAGUUCGCUAAGCUCACAGCGGCAGCUUUCGUUGCCAAAGGCAUCAAAGUGUGGUGGUACGAGACACCAUCGCACACACCGCUCGUGCCCUUUGGUGUACGAGAGCUAGGUGCUGCCGCUGGAGUAAUGGUUACAGCAAGCCACAAUCCCGCCAAAGAUAACGGAUACAAGGUAUAUUGGUCCAAUGGCUGCCAGAUCAUCCCGCCACAUGACACCGGCAUUGCUCAGGCUAUUCUGGAGAACCUCAAGCCUGUCACCUGGGACACAUCCAUUGUGGACGAGCCAUGCCUCAUGGUAGAAGGCUCUCUUGACCUAGUGAGGGACAAUUAUCAUCAGGCCGUUCUGUGCGCGGCGCAGCCGGCGCAUCCGAUCAAGCUGAACCCGGAUCUCAAGUUCGUUUACACCCCAAUGCACGGCGUCGGUCUACCAGCCAUGAAGCGCUGUGCCGAGACUCUUGGGGUUGCCUCACAAAUGACUGUUGUAGAGGCCCAAGCACAGCCAGAUCCUGACUUCCCCACGGUCAAGUUCCCAAACCCAGAGGAGAAAGGAGCACUAGAUCUGGCCAUACAGACGGCUGAUGCCGCGUCGUCCAACCUCAUCCUGGCAAGUGACCCAGAUGCUGACCGGCUGGCCGUAGCAGAAAAGGUUGGAGAUAGGUGGCACAUCUUCACAGGUAAUCAGCUCGGUCUGUUGCUCGGCGCCUAUAUCUUCGAGCGAUAUCCUGCCUCGAAACCGCGAGAGAAGCUCGCUAUGUUAGCUUCCACCGUCAGCUCUAGGUCGCUUGCAGCGUUGGCGGCAAAGGAAGGCUUCCACUUCACAGAGACCUUAACUGGGUUCAAAUGGCUCGGAAACGUAGCGCGGGAUCUUGAGAAGCAAGGGUACCAAGUUGCAUACGCGUUCGAGGAGGCUCUUGGCUACAUGAUCCCCCAGACAGUACACGAUAAGGACUCCAUCAGUGCCGCAGCUGUUUUCCUGACCGCAGCUUCCCAGUGGUCCGAGCAAAGCCUGACGCCAUACGCCAAACUGCAACAACUCUACGAGCGCCUCGGUUACUUUGAAGAUGCCAACACGUACUUGGUCUCUCCGUCGCCAACGGUUACAGCUGCAGUGUUCACAGACAUCCGCGCAUUGGGCAGCCCCCACCCCACCACCAUUGGGCCCCGCAGGAUCAUGCGCUGGAGGGAUCUCACGCUAGGCUAUGACUCAAAGAGCAAGGACCAUACGCCCGAUCUACCCGUGGACCCGACUGCCCAGAUGAUCACCUGCGAGCUGGAUGAUGGUGCCGUGUUCACAGUCAGAGGGAGUGGGACAGAGCCUAAGAUAAAGCUGUACAUUGAGUGCCAAGGCAAGACCAGUGAAGAUGCGAAGAAGGGCGCGAAUGGUAUCUUGCAGGAUCUGCUGAGGGAGUGGUUCAAGCCCGAGACCAAUGGAUUGAGGCUGGCAUAG